AUGGUUACUGCAACUAAAAAGUCAAAGAAAGGGGAAAAGUCCAUCUUCAGGACCAACUUCAAAGUACAUGCAAUUGAUCGCACAGAGGAUCCCAAUGAUCCGUCUAAACGUAUAAUAAGUAAGAAGUUUGAAGCCGUCUCGCGGCUUGAAGGGAAAUCUGACGAAGGAUGCAGCAUCGUGCUGGACUACCAGAGCGAAUUGAUCUCCCUAGCCGAAGGUGACAAGGUAGAGCAUAGCACACAAAAGCACGUACUCGUUUAG